AUGGUAAACAAGCCCAUACGAUGCGCGAGCAAGGCCGCCGAGAGCGCGUCUGCACGUCUCUGUGCGGACGCCGAAGCAGAAACAACAGCAACUGAUGUCUCAUCGGUUGCUGAAGCGACCCAGCCUGUGUCACUUGGUGAUGCAGGCGCUGGUCAUGAAGACACUCGUGUCUUCACAGAGUACGAGCUCGGUGUCUCAUACUCUCCUGAUACGGAUGACGGAUCCGUAUCGACGGCGAUUGAAUCUAAGCCGCCUGCCAAGCGUGGCAUGGACGAUGCUUUGCGUCGCAGCAUCUUUGGUUCAUCUGAUGAAUCAGAUGAACCAUCGCCAAAGCGAAGGCGCUCGAGGUCGCGAGACUCGGGCGCUAAUAGUGGUGUCGGUUCUCCUAUGGACACCACUUCACAGCGAGGUGCCAGUACUUCUGUCGGCACGUCGCAGGAAGAGCGGGACCGCAAUGUGUUGCGUCUCGCUCCUGAGAAGAAGGCAUGGAUGCCUCCUAAAUCAGUCAUGGAUCACUUGUCGGCGACGACGAGUGAUCGGUAUCGAACACGAUUGUUCGAUUCAUCAAGGAUCCAUCACCUUGACCCCAGCGCGAAAGACUAUCGCGCUGAACAUGAGUUCUUCAUCGAUGCUUUCUUCAGACAUCGAUGGUACAGUGGGAAUCACAAACGUGAUGGUCCCUCACUACUUCAGGCGUGGAACGCCUACAUCCAUAAUCUCGAGGAUGUAGGUCGUGACGCUUGGAACGACAAACUUAUCAAAGCUCGUGAUAAGUUUGAAAAGCGAACCCCGACAGGUGCACGCUACAAGCUGCAUCGUCUGUCAAGGGAGAAAGGAUUACCCUGCCUCUCUUGGGGAGACUCGUGCCCAUGUUGUGUGAACAACUCUGCACGAGCACCUAAGGAGGCUUACCUCCUUACCAGCCCGUGGUGGCGCGUACGUGUCUCUACUGAGAUGUACGAAGGGAUUGACAACCUGAAAUCCCUUUACGACCGUGCCGGGAAGACUUUCUCCGGCGGUCCUUCUGCGGCACAGGAUGUGUCGCGUCGUACUGCUCAACCAGACCCAGUACGUCAAUCAUCAGUUGGGAGCGGGGCUCCCAAGAAUCCCAGGACGGGGGAAUAG